ACCCUCAGAAAUUUUUCAUUUUCACUGUCUUGAAAAAUUAACUAACCACCAAACUAUCAGUAACUACCUAACUUACCCAAAGCAGUAAUAAUACCCACCCAUUAUGAAAGCUUCGUUGACACUUUUAAAGAGGUCAGUCUGGAAGGGCCCUCACGUGGUACCCUUGCCAAUAGCCGAUGCCAUCAAAAAUAAAACAGCCAUAAGAACUAAUGCCAGAAGUUGUACAAUCUUACCACAAUUUGUGGGCGUAAGAUUCCAAAUACAUAAUGGGAAGGAGUACGUUGAAGUGGAAAUAACAGAUAAUAUGGUAGGAUCCAAGUUGGGAGAGUAUGCACAAACCAGAAAGAGAUUUAUGUAUAAAUACUCGAAGAAUUAGGGUGGUGUAUCAUAUCAUUAAUAUGGGUCUAGUACCCUAGCCUAGCCUAGCUUAUCCUAGCCUAGCCUAGCUUAUCCUAGCCUAGCCUAGCUUAUCCUAGCCUAGCCU